AUGAACGACUUCGAAGAUAACGACUCGAAGCCCUCCACCGAGCUACAAAGAAAUGUGCACAACGCCCUAGUUGUGUUCGGGCUCAUCGCAGAAAUGAUCCUCGUGGACAACCACCUCCUCGAGUCGGUCAGCAUAAAUGACAUCUACAAAAGUGUGUACUGUGUACUCAGGGGGAGGUAUGAAUCGAUACUGGAGGCGCAUGUACCUCUCGAGGAGGGCAGCGAUUACGUCACCCUGGUGGGACAUUCACCUGAGGGGAAGGUCCGAAAGGCCUUGUUAAAGGAACCAAAGCUGGAGAAGCAAGCACACAGGCCAAAGUACACCAAAAGUGGGGAGACGACAGCAGCAGAUGAAGCACUGCCCCUGGCCGAACAGAUCAAAUUAAAAUUUUCGAAAAUAUUUCUAAGCCCAAUCAAGAAGAAGACAAAACUUCCUUACACCGAUAAACUGAGUAACAUUAAAUAUGCCAUAGCAGGGUGCAUAUACAUGCAUGGGAAGAUAUGGGGCAAAAAUGUGUCCCUAAGAAAUGUGUUGAAUGCAAUUGAUUUUAACCUCUUUUUGUUAAACAACGGGUUCUACACAGUUAAAUAUGGUACAUCUAAAAAAGAUGCAGAACAACUAUCCGAUAGUAUAAACCAAUUUGAACCCACUAGCAAGGAAAACAUCUAUUAUGAGAAGGAACAAAGUCUGAAGAUGGAAAAAGUGAGUCUACGGGCCUUAUCCUUUAAACUCACGAGCAGCAUUUCAAAAUAUGCCCUACUCUACGAAUUGAUGUUUAUUACUAGGUCACCCUACAUUGUGAAUAAAUUGCUCAUUUCAGUUUUUAAUGAUGUCCUUUGCAUUCCAGACAUAGGAAGUAGAUUUGACGACACUGCCAUUAUCAUUUCGUGCAUGUUAUUUGUUAAUCAUUUUCUUUACCAUAUAAAUCGACACGAUCAGUUGAGUUCCCCUCAUUUGGAACAAAUAAAAAAGAAGUAUCUUUCUCAAGUGGAAAAAAUUGUGAAUAUAUUUCUCCUCCUGAACAAAGCGAACCCAAAAUCGGAUAUGAAGGAUGUUAUUUUACUUACGAAGGAGAUUGUGCACUUGUACUCUGUGACAUAUUGA